AUACUUUUAUGGGGUUAAAUACAAAUUUAAAAGUCGAUUAUAGUCAAGUGACAUCAAAAUAAACAACAAAGCAAUUGAAAAAACAAGUCAACGAAACACAGCCUAAAUCACAGCUGCACAACCUUACAAAAAUCUAUAAAUAUUUAUAGUUAUUCCAUGUAUUAAUCAAUCCUUGAUUCCCUAAUUUCCCUCACAAUAAACAAAUAACAGGAGAGUAAACAGAAACCAUGUGUACAAAGAAAAAGAGGGAAAUGAGAUUGGGGCUUAUUAAUCUCAUGAUCUGUGUUUUUCUGGUAACAUCUAAUUUGGGGUUGACAGUAGCAUUGACUAACAACUCUUCUCAAAUUAAAAACAUAUGCGAGUUUCCGGCUAUUUUCAACUUUGGUGAUUCCAACUCCGACACCGGCGGCCUUACCGCGGUGUAUGGCCAGGCACUUCCUCCCAAUGGUCAAACCUUUUUUGGUAAACCUGUUGGUCGUUUCUGCGACGGCCGCCUCGUCAUCGAUUUUGUAGCUGAAAGUUUGGGAUUACCGUAUCUAAGUGCGUACCUAGACUCAAUAGGGUCAAAUUUUAGCCAUGGAGCCAACUUCGCAACCGCGGGUUCAACGAUUAGACCUCAAAACACCACAAUAACUCAGAGCGGAUAUAGUCCCAUCUCUUUGGACAUCCAAUAUGCUGAAUACUACAAAUUUUACAAGGAGUCCCAAGUUGUUCGUAAUCAAGGAGGAGUUUUUGAGGAGCUGUUACCCAAAGAAGGUUACUUCACUCGUGCUCUAUACACCUUCGAUAUCGGCCAAAAUGACAUCACUGCUGGUUACAAACUAAACUUGACUACAGAGCAGGUCAAGGCCAGCAUACCUGAUAUUAUUAAUCAGUUCGCCAAAGUUGUAAGGGGUGUGUAUGCACAAGGAGGAAGGUCAUUCUGGAUCCACAACACAGGUCCAUUGGGCUGCCUACCAUAUAUGUUGGACCACUUUCUCCUAACAGCGGCCCAAGUCGAUGAAUUCGGAUGUGCAAGCCCAUUGAAUGAGGUUUCCCAGUACUACAAUAGUCAGCUGGAGGAUAUUGUUACUCAGCUAAGGAGGGAUUUGCCUUUGGCUUCAAUCACAUUUGUUGAUAUAUAUUCUAUCAAACUUAAGCUCAUUACCCAAGCCAAAAGACAUGGCUUUGAGAAACCUCUAGUAGCUUGUUGUGGCAUUGGAGGAAAAUACAACUUCAACAACACAAUGAGAUGCGGAAGCACAGAGAUUGUAAAUGGCAAAGAGAUUUUGGUUGCGAAAUCAUGCGAUAAUCCAUCCAAACGUAUUAUUUGGGAUGGCAUUCAUUACACUGAGGCAGCUAAUAAGUGGAUAGUUGAUCAAAUUAUGAAAGAUUCCUCGUACACAAAUCCAUCUAUUCCAUUGGAAAUGGCUUGUCAAAAGUUGAAUUAAAGGGCUUAAUGUGUAUGCUCAAGUUUAUGUGUGCUUAUUUUUAUGUCAAAGUUCAUAUGAUUUUCAAUUAAAUUUAGAUUGAUUUAGUAGAACUUUAAUCCACAACUUUAAUAAGGUUGCGUAAAAAGAAUUUAGAUUGUGUUAAUUAUAUGGUGCUUCAAUAAAUUGCCCCAAUUGUUUACUCA